CCCAAAAUGUAAUACAAAAUAUAUAUAAAUAAAAAAACAACAACAUACUUAAAUUAUUAUUUAACAAAACUAUUUAAAUUUAAAGUUCAAAAACCCAACAUUUAUGUUUAAAGUUAUAGACCUCUUAUAACUAAAUUCAAAUAAGACUCAUAAUGGCUCCUGAAUUGCCAUUAAACAAUCAAACCCACAAUGGCUUAUCAAUCAGCAAUCUAACUGCAAUUAGUGCAAUGACAAAUGCAAAACAAAAUGGUGACAAUUCACCACAAAUCGAUACAAACUUCAUUGAAUUAUCGCCAUCUGGAGACUUAAGUGUUUCACAUGCGUCCUCCGACGUCAUGUCCAAUAAGGAACCGGACAAAUUGUUUGGUUGGAACAAUUUUAAACCGAAAUUUCUACAACGCUUCUGCAAUGCGAAAUGGGCGCUCUUUUGGCUGUGUUGGGGUGGUGCUAUGCAGGGACUUAUUGUGAACGGGUUUAUUAAUGUCGUCAUUACGACUAUCGAACGACGUUUCGGACUACGCUCUCGUCAAACAGGUCUUGUCGCCAGCGGCUAUGACAUCGCUUCUUUCGUUUGCCUGGUGCCCGUCACAUAUUUCGGUGGACGUGUGGGUGCAUCGAAACCGAAAAUUUUGGCAUGGGGCGUUAUUUUAAUGGGCAUUGGAUCGUUGACAUUCGCGCUGCCACAUUUUCUAGUCAGUAGUUAUCGUGCAACAAUGAGCGACAGUAAUGUUUGUCAAAGCACUACAACAAAUGGGACACAUUAUGAGACUUGCAAUACGGAAGCCGAUAUCUUUGCUGAGAAGGAGAAUCUUUCAUGGACAGUCUGGUUAUUCUUUUUGGCGCAGUUGCUGCAUGGUGCCGGCGCUUCACCGCUCUUCACACUCGGUGUCACAUACAUCGAUGAGAAUGUCUCCACGAAGAUGUCCUCUGUGUAUUUGGGUAUCUUCUACACGAUGGCGAUAAUUGGCCCUGCUGUGGGCUAUGUGCUUGGCGGGCAGCUUUUGCUGAUUUAUACCGAGUUCAUGACUGUGGAUGCCUCAGAAUUGGGCCUGACGAGUUCCAGCAAGGUUUGGAUUGGUGCUUGGUGGAUUGGUUUCAUUUUUGCCGCCAUCGCUUGCUUUCUACUUGCCAUACCAAUUUUCGGUUAUCCAUCAUCACUGCCAGGAGCUAAGGAAUUGCAGCAACAAAAAGUGUCUGAAGCCUACAAUGCCGAUGGACAGAAAUUUGAACAGUCAUUCACAAAACUCAAAGACAUGCCAAGCGCACUGCUAACAUUGCUGAAGAACCCCACAUUCUUUUGUCUAAAUAUGGCCGGCGCAACAGAAGGUCUAGUAAUCGCGGGGUUCGCAGCUUUCUUGCCCAAACAAAUCGAGAAUCAAUUCAGUAUUUCACCAGUUUGGUCGGCGUUAUUAAUGGGUCUCAUUACGGUGCCCGCCGGUGGUGGUGGCACAUUUCUCGGUGGUUAUCUAAUCAAGAAAUGGAAACUAAAUUGCGCAAAAAUUAUAAAAAUGUGUUUGAUUAUGACGACGAUUUCGGCAUUUUUCACAUCUUGCUUCUUACUCUCCUGCCCGAAUCUGGCGUUUGCCGGUGUCACUACACAGUAUCGUGGUGAAGUACUCAGAGGAAUGUCAAAUUUGACAGAUAACGUUGAGCGCUCAUAUCUGGGCACUGAGCUGCAUGCGAGUUGUAAUGCUGAAUGUGGUUGCAGCAAAUUGAAUUACGAACCGAUUUGUGGCGCGGAUGGUAUACUCUACUAUAGUCCAUGCUUCGCCGGUUGUCACGAGGAAUACAAUAUGAACCAGGUUAAAACUUACGCGAAUUGUUCGUGCAUCGAUAAGGGAACAUUUGUUGCUGGCGUUGCACCAGACGCCACUAAUGUUAUGUGUGAAUCCACGUGUCAUUAUUUGUCGUAUUUUGUUGGAUUGUGCUUUGUACUGAUGCUCUUCACAUUUCUGUCCACGAUGCCGGCACUGUCGGCUACUUUGAGAUGCGUACGCGACGAUCAACGUUCCUUUGCGCUGGGCAUUCAGUGGAUAAAAGUUCGACUCUUCGGCACCAUACCAGCGCCAAUGAUUUUUGGUAAGCUCAUCGAUGACAGUUGCGUACUUUGGCAGGAGACUUGCGAUGAAGACGGCAGCGGUGUGGGUGCUUGUUUGGUCUACGACAACUACAACAUGAGCAAGUACAUGUGGCUGUUGGCAUUGGUGGGCAAAACACUGUCCGUUAUGUUUUUCUUUGGUGCACUUUGGUUUUACAUACCACCCAAAAAGUCAACGCUUAACAGCGACAACUCACCGACUGUAAAUAACAGCGUCGACAUAACGAAGGUGGCCACGGUCGAGGCCAACCGAAUCAAAAAUAUUUGAACACAUUCACAUGUGUACAUUCAAAUUCGUAUAUUUGUAUAAGUGUGUAUGCACACGCUCGUGUUUAGAAGGAGAAUUCAAAACAAAAACGUAAAAACGCAUCCCCUUGCAUUCUGCCCGCUGGCAGAAGCUGGAUAUGUAAACAAAAGCGAAAGCGCAUCAAAACAGAAAACAGGUGGUACGACCCACGCACACACAUACAACACCCGCUUUCCACACGAGCGUCGAAUCAUAUGUGCCGCCAGCUGAUUACAGUCAUGGCCACAAUUAAGGCUUCAGUAUUAAUGUAUUUUAGUGUGUACUCUCUAGAUUUCUUAAAUGUUAAGCAAGCGUCAUUUUGUAUUUGUAGUUUUCUAAUAUUUGUAUAAUCAAUAAAUAUUUGUGG